GAUAUGUUGUGAUAUGAAAUCUUGGUAAUAAUAGCGGGAUUUGGUUAACCGUGCUAUUAUCAUAAAAACGUGGUUAACCGUAAAGUUUAUACACAAGUCUAUGAAAUAACUAAUAAGCAUCUGCAAUUCAACGGCAAAACAAUAAACUGAACAUUUUGAAUUUUAGGAGUUGUGAAUUGCAAAUUUUGAUUUGACAUUUGUGUUAAUGAGCCUUUGUUUCUGUGUAUGCGAAAGUGACAUGCAUAGUGAGUAGUCUUUAGAAAUUUGGCAUUUAUUAAGAAAUAGUUUUGUAUUUAUCAGAUUAAUUUUUUGUUGUAUAAUUCCGUAACCAUCUAAACUACUUGGAAUUAUGAAUUCAUCCAUAUUUACCUCAGAUGAACUAUUAGACGUCAGCGAUGUUAUAGAUGUACUUUCAAGGCUUCAAUUAACUGUCAUUCCUCAAACCUAUGUUGACCAAGUUCUUAGUAGCAAUUACAAUUAUUACCAAUUUCCCGAUUCCUAUGAAAUGGUUGUGAUGCCUGACAUUGAUUUUUCAGCCAUCGUGACAGAUGCUUGUCAAUUAUUGAAUUCUUCUUUUCUACAAGAGCCAUCAAAGCAUAUAGUAUGGGACAAAUUUAUUGAAGAAGAAAUACAUCCAAAAUUCUUAAGUUGUUUGUUAAACUGUUACAUUCAGAAUGGCAUAAGAGAAUUAAGUGAUCCAAAUUUCAGAAAAAAUGCUUUGUUAGCCUCACGAUUGUUUUUUUUAGCAUCUUCAUUUAAAGGAAGUAAAAAUAUUGGAUUCUAUCAUGUAUGUAUGUUGAGUAAAAGUUCAGAAUUAAUUCGUUCAUGUGUGGCUAUGUUACGGAGCAAUGAUGGAAUAAAUAGUGGAACUAAUUCAGAAAACCAACACUUACAAAAUGAUGAAAAAGUGGAUUUGAUGGUUGAUAUCUUAGCUAUCAUUAGAGAUAUAGGAGUUAUGAUAAAACGUUUUCAAUUUUUUGAUGAAAUCACUUCUUUAAGUUCAGUUAUAGACAUAAUGGUGGAUGUCACUCGUUUAGAACGUAUGACGGGUAACAUUCUUGAACAAGUGCCUACCACUGAUUUGUGCUAUGGAACAUUAGCUUUUAAUGCAUAUAAUGCUUUAACUUCUAUGUUUAAUGAAAAUUGUGGUUCUACAAUGAAUGUAGGCAAACAGAUCAUGCAUUUAAUUUUACCAGGGUUAUUGGUAGAUGAACAACGGGAAAUGCAAUUGACGACUAAACAAUUUAACGCUAUACGCGAUCAUCAUUUGUCAUUUAUAAGGAAAAUUACAGGGAAAUUAGAUGCUACCUUUGAACCUAUAUUAGAAACAUUGUUACAACAUUUGUUACACCGUGGACCUGAUCGAAGUGAAUUAAAACCGAGACAAUUUCAAAUCAUACUGGAUGUUUGGAGAUUUUGUCCUAAUAACGUGCGUAUUAAAAUGAAAUAUUACCUAUUUCGUAUGGUUUAUGAUGUAGAUGCUAAAAUACGUGCCGUUGCGUUAGAAACAUUAUUUAAACUAUUAUCAGAGCCUGAGGAAAUGGAACCUGAUGACUCUAAUUUACUACCAUUAAUGCCAGCUACUAAGCACGAAUUUACAUUAGGUGUUAUUCUUUCAAGAUUUGAAGAUCCAUUAUUGAGUGUACGUACUAGAGCAUUUUCCCUAAUAGCAACUAUAACUUCUGGCCCGCCAACUGCUACUGCUCAUCAAACAGCCCUAAUAAAACGUGUACUUGUAGAUCCCUAUUUAGAUAUUGAAUAUUUACAUCAAUCAUCAUUCUGCAAAAGAGAUUUUCACGAUUUUUACCAGUAUCUCAAUAAUGACAUGAAAAACUUUGAUCCAAAUUGUAUAAAUAAUUUUACUAUUUACCCUGGUGCAAAAAUCUUACUAUGGGUAUUAAACGUACAUGCCCGUGAUGAGCGAGCACAUAUCCGUCGUCUGAGUCUAACGCUUUUAUGCAACUUAUUUCUUAUUAACAAAAAGUUUAUGGAAAAGUUUUAUUUAUCAUUGUUAUUGGAGAGUUGUUCAGAUUGUUCAAUGACUAUUAGAAAAGUCGUCAUUACAGGCUUGACCAAUCUGAUUUUAGCUUAUCCAGACAAUCAAACUGUUCUCAAUCAUUGGUUUAAAGGAUUAGUUCACUUAGUUGGAGAUCGAGAUAAAAAAAUUCAAGACUUGGCUGUUGAAUGUAUGGGCAAAGUUAUUUUACAAAAUAUAAAACCAUAUUCAGCUAAAACCAUUAAAAAAGAAGACCCAUUAGAUUAUUUGCCUUGGAAAAUUAUAGAUUAUGCUAUGAAUGAAAGAGUUGGAAAAUAUAUGAUGUGUUUAAGUGAAAAAUGGCAUAUUAAUGGAUUACUUACAGAACAUACUGUUAAAGACAUUAUGACUUACAUAGGUACUACCAAUCACAAGUGGACAGCACAUAGCUUAUAUUUAUUACAAUUGAUAUCUCAUCAGUUGACUAUUACAAACAUGACACCGAUUGUGCAUUAUUUUGAAAUUCAUUCGCCUUCGUGGUUUUCAGAUGAUAAUGAUUCUACUGAAUUAACUCAUGCUCAAAUGGCUUUAGACAUAAUGUCAUUAAAUCAUAAACGAUUAGACAAAAAUGUUAGACAAAGUCUAUUGAAUCAAUUUGAAGAUCUUUUGUUUAACUUUAAGGUACCGACCCGUCUCAUAUCUAAAUCAUUAGAUAUACUUACAGUCUUACUAGUGGACAAUAUUGAAAAAUUAAAUAAAUUUAUGAAAGAUUUGUUUGAAAAAAUUUGCUUAUCUUUAGAAUCUUCUGCAAAUAUAGACAAUGAAGAGAUUUUAACUCGUUACAUGUGCAUACUUGGUGAUAUUGGUUUAACACAGCAUUUACAAUUAAAACGCAAACUACAGCAAUAUUUAUUACGAUUUUUGCGUAAUCGCGAAACGUCUAUUUCUUUUGCGUUCCAGGCAAUAAUUGUUUUGACGGUUGGUAAAUUGAGUAUUGUCGAUGAGCGAUUUGCCAAAGAAGCAAUAUUUGAGUAUGGAUUAAUUUUAAAAAAUGUAGAUUGUCAUCCGUCAGUUAAAAUUAAUGCACUUACAGCAUUGUCCGAUUUGUGUUUACGUUGUACAACUUUAGUGGAACAAGCUAUACCAGAAAUGUGUGUUUGUUUGAAAGGGUCUAGUGUAUCAGUUAAACGUGUUGCCUUGAAACUUCUCACUGGAUUAAUUUUGGAAGAUUACAUAAAACUAAGAGACGUAGCUUUUUUUGCAUUGCUCUGCAUGCUUGAAGAUACAGAUUGGCAAGUACGCCAAGAAACAUCAUCAUUUAUUGUCAAUUACUUACUAAUUAAAAAUAAAGACAUCAUGGAAAGAAAACUUAUAGAAGUAAUUUUUCAUUUUAAUGGUUACACAGGAGAACGAGCUGGUGGUGUAGAAGAUUGUUUUACGAGUCCCGAACUUGAAGCUUAUUUCUCGAUGGAGGGAGAAAAAAAGAAAACAUCUCGUCAUUGUGUUUAUAGAUUUAUGUUAACACACAUGUUGGAUGAUUCUAAAUUAAAGCUCAUGGUAAAAAUUUGCAAAAAUAUUUUGGAAGAAGCUGCUCGUGAGACUAGUAUAGAUGAAAAAAAUGAAGACAAAGAGCGUGCUAUUCAAGUUUUAAAAGAUGCUUUUUGGAUUCUUAAAGCAAAGGAAAUGGCAUUGACAUCUGGAAAACCACGUGACAAUGGUAAUGAUGACGACCCAGGAACACUAGAAAAAGUAGCUGAUCUUGCUAAAAAGCAAUUAGUAAUUGAAACUUAUAAAAUGGUUAUCACUGAUUAUGUUAUUCCAGCUGUGUUAAAACUUAAAUAUGAAUUAGAUAAAAACAGGAAGUUUGCAAGUUUUGUUCAGCAUGAACUAAUACCCUACUUAUCUUCUUUAGUAUCGGGAAAGUCACCAGUAAGAGCUGAAGUACUCAAAUUAAUUUCUCCCGAUAGUGAUCUUGCCUUUCAAAUUCUUAAUGAUGCACAAAAACAACAGAAACAACAAAAACAAAAUAUUGAUGGUGAAGAUGAUUAUAUUCAGAACGAGUCUGACGAUGAAUAUGAUGAUGAACCAGACUUGUUUUUACGUGAUUUAGAAUAUGUGACUUGGGCACAAAUAAUGGAUAUGCGUGAUCAAGCUGAAGAAUCUGGGAUUGAUCAAGCUGUACAGGAACAAUUGGCAGAGGAGUUUCAACAACAAGCUUCUCAAAUAGUCGAAGAAAGCCAAGAACAAGCUGCAGAAAAUCUAAGUCAGUUGACAGGAGAAGAGACUGAUUCGAUUAAAAGAAAAAUGUCUUCGAGUUUAUCAAGGACAAGCAUUAAUCAAAAUAGGAAAAAUAAAACUGAUGAAACAAAUUUAAAUAAAAGUGAUUCUAUAAAUCAACAUCAACCUUCAAAUAACACAAAUCCAGACGAUGAGGAGUUACCUGGUUAUCGUUUAUUUUUAUAAUUUAUACUGGUAUAUACCACUAUAACUUAGUACGAUUUGCGUUAUGUAUUUAUUUACAAAGUUAGUGUACCAUAAUUUUUAUUUUUUUUUAUAUGUAUAAAAACUGAAUAUUUGUUGUACAAAUCUCAUUAUUAUUAUACCUCAUUAUCUUUUAAUUUAAUUUUAAAUGUCAGUAAAAUUGAUUUUAAAAACAUGUUAAUUAGUGUUUUACAUUUAAUUGCAUUAUUAAUGCCUAAUUACAUAUUUAUAUUAAGUGCAUAAUUUAAGUGUUCAUAUAAAUAUAGUAGGCAUACAAUGUAAGUCAUAAUAUUGACAGAAAAAGUAAUGCGAUUGAAAUUGAAACAUUCUUUGGUAUAAGCUAUAAUCAUUAAACGAAUAAUGGGAGAUUUACGGAGAUAAUAUGAAGUUUGCUAGAGGGGUGUAAAACAGUCUGUAGAGCGAAUAGGACGUGAAGAACCUUAAAACAUUUAUAAGGGAUAAUAGAUCAGGACAGUCCAUUUACCAUUUGAAAGAUUAACAAGGCAGGAUAAAUUUUCCAUGUGCCAGCAAUCGGCAAGUGAUCGUAAGGAAAAUAUUGGUUGAAUAAAAGAGUAGCUGUGAGAAAGGCACGAAAUGUUUUGAGUGUAAGCAGCUUGGUAGAAAGAUUGUUCUAGGACACGUUCUAACAUGGAUCAGGCAGAGGCGUAGAUGGGUCCACUAAACAUUACCAUAUUCCAAUAUUGAAUGUAAAAAAGGUCAGUAGAGUAAUUUGAGACUCAAUGCUAACUGAAACUCAAGCAAAAUUUUAUUAAUAAAGCCUACAUGCUUCAGAGCUUUAUAGUACUGUAAAAUAUAUAAUGUUUGCAUGAGUAUAAAACCUAUAUAUCAGACUCAUUCUUCAGAAGACAAUAGUUAGACCAUUAAUAUGGUGUAUAAAGUUGAUAGGAAAGCGCUUAUGAAUGGAGGUAAUUACGACUUAAAAUUGUGAUUAAUCGUUUUGACUUUUAAAUAGUUAAAAAUAAAAAAAAGAAGAUGUGUAAUUAACAAUAUUUAUAUUUUUUUAUAUCUAAUAAAUGUUUUUUUCCAAAUAUAAUUUUAAUAAUUUAAUAUUAAACAGUUGUAACUUUCACUAUGGAACAUUAAAUAGCAUAAA